AUGAUAGACUCAGGAUCCGGGAGCCAGCUGCUCUCGUCUGUGCCAUCUCAUAGCCAAACCAAUGGUCACCACGGGCACAUCAACGGACAUACGGCUGAAGAUACCGCACCCACGGUGGUAUCCGGAUCCCCCAUAGCCAUUGUGGGUCUGGCAUGUCGUCUACCAGGGCAUGUUAACACUCCUAAAGAUCUCUGGGACCUCAUGGCCCGCGGGGGUGUGGCUGAGACGAAGCCACCCGGCACCCGAUUCAACUUGGAUGGGCAUUAUGACGGGUCCAAGAAACCCUUCACCAUGAAGACGCCCGGGGCGAUGUUCCUCGAGGAUGUCGACCCGGCCGACUUCGACGCCCAGUUCUUCAACAUCAACCACAUGGAUGCUAGCUCGAUGGAUCCCCAGCAACGGGUUCUCAUGGAGGUGGCAUAUGAGUGCCUGGAAAAUGCCGGUAUCCCCGUGGAGAGCCUGGGAGGCAAGCGGAUUGGAUGUCUGGUGGGAGCGAGUGCCGUGGACUACCAUGAUAUGACCUGUCGGGACCCUGAGGACCGCACCGAGUCUCCCACGAUGGGCACCGGUCGUGCACUGCUCAGUAACCGCAUCAGCCACUACCUCAACGUUCACGGUCCGAGUAUGACCAUCGAUACGGCAUGCUCGAGCACCCUGAUUGCCCUGGAUAUGGCCUGUCUCUACCUCUCCACAAACCAGUGCGACGGCAUUCUCGUUGGGGGUGUGAACAUGUAUCUAAGCCCAGAGAGAAACCAAGACAUGGGUGCCAUGCGUCCCACUGCCUCCGCUACGGGCAAAUGCCACACAUUCGAUGCCAAGGCCGAUGGAUACGUCGCGGCGGAGGCUAUCAACGCCGUCUUCCUCAAACGCCUGGACGAUGCGGUUCGGGACCGGGACCCGAUCCGCGCGAUCAUUCGUGGCACAGCCACCAACAGUGCAGGCAGGACGCCCGGCAUCGCCAUGCCGAACGGCAAGGCCCAGGCGGCCGCCAUCCGCAUGGCCUACGCCAACGCGGGAAUUCCAGAGGCCGAGCUGUCGCAGACCGGCUAUCUUGAGUGCCACGGAACGGGCACGCUGGUCGGCGACCCAAUUGAGGUGGACGGCGCUGCAUCAGUCUUUGCUGAAAGUAAGUCUGCCGCUCAGCCGCUCAUUAUUGGGUCCGUCAAGAGCAAUAUAGGGCACUCCGAGGCCGCAGCUGGGCUUUCGGGACUGAUUAAGGCUGUGCUCGCCGUCGAGCAGGGAAUCAUCCCCGGGACCGCCACCUUCAUCACGCCCAAUCCCAAGAUCGACUUUGAGAAGAACCGGGUGCGUGCGUCACGCAACGCAGUGGCCUGGCCCGCAAGCACGAAGAAACGCGCGAGCAUCAAUUCUUUCGGGUUUGGUGGAGCCAACGGGCACGCCAUUAUCGAGGCGCCGGAGUACCUCCUUGGCGAUCGGGUCCCUAAAUACAAGUCCACCUUCGCCAAUGGGCAGGGCUUUAGCGAGGGUUUCUUCGACGAUAGCGAUGAUGAAGAUCUCGUUGCAGAAUUGGGGGCCUUGAGCUCAUCACUCACCAAGCCGAAGGUGAUCGUCUUGUCCGCUGAGGACGAAAAUUCCCUCAAGGCCUCCAUCAAGCGCUUGUCUACACACAUCCUCAACCCAGGCGUUCAGGUUGGUUUAGAGGAUCUGGCAUUCACUCUCUCCGAGCGUCGAAGCAAACUAUAUCACCGUGCCUACAGUCUGCAGACAGACACUCAGAUUACAUCAGAUGCGUUCCAAGUAGCGAAACCCUUGGGGCAGGACAUCCGCAUCGGCUUCAUCUUCACUGGGCAAGGCGCUCAGUGGCCCGCAAUGGGAAAGCAGCUCCUGGAAGCCUUCCCCAUCGCACGCAGAGUCGUCGAGAGCCUGGACAAAAUUCUGCAGUCUCUUCCAGAACCGCCCUCCUGGUCUUUGGUGUCGGAAUUAACCGAGGAUCGAGAUGCAGCCCACCUUCGCGAGCCAGAGUUCUCCCAGCCGCUGGUCACCGCGCUGCAGCUGGCUCUGAUAAGCGUCCUGUCGCAGUGGGGCAUCCGACCGGCGCGGGUUGUGGGUCACUCUUCCGGGGAGAUUGCGGCUGCAGUGGCGGCCGGCUAUCUGACACCCGAGACGGCCAUCAAGGUGGCCUUCUUCCGCGGCCAGGCGGGGAAGCAGCUGCCCCCUCAAGAGGCAGUUGGUAUGCUCGCGGUGGGCGUCAGCGCCGAUCAGAUUGAGGAUUUCAUCGAUUCCGAUGACGACCCGGUCCAGAUUGCCUGCUUUAACAGCCCGCGGAGUCUCACUGUCUCCGGGACAGUGGCUGCCCUGGAACGGUUGCGAGAGCGGCUACAGGCGGAGAAUCACUUCGCUCGUCUACUUCAAGUCAACUAUGCCUAUCAUUCCAAGUAUAUGAGCAGCAUCGGCAAAAGGUACCUAGAGAUGCUAAAGGCUCAUGGAAUCGAGGCAUCACAGACAAAGAGCACGGAUGCGAUCAUGUUCUCCUCGGUGACUGGUGCGGCGCUGGAGGACCCUGUUGACGCGACAUACUGGCUGGAAAAUAUGGUAUCAGAGGUUCGAUUCGACCAGGCAGCAUCCGAGAUGUUGAAGGGUAAAGACGGGGUCAAUUUCCUGAUCGAAGUCGGCCCGUCGAAUGCGCUGAAAGGACCGGUGGCCCAGAUCAUCGAUGCCAUCGCGUCCAGCAUUGGAGGGCCCCCAAUCUAUACCUCCGCCGCUCAGCGAGGCACUGAAACACUGCAAGCCUUGUAUCACACUGCUGGGCGGCUCUUCACGGCUGGUGGGAUCGUCAACCUGGCGCAGGUGAACGAGUACAGCCUCCAGGACCCGCCAUCCACCCUGGUCGACCUUCCAAAUUACGCGUGGAAUCACUCGAAGAAAUACUGGCAUGAAAGCCAGGCAAGUAAGGACUGGCGUGCACGGCCCUUUCUCAAACAUGAUCUGCUCGGAACCAAAAUUCUCGGAACCCCGUGGCAGGCUCCGACCUGGAGAAAUACCUUGCGCCUUAACGACCACCCGUGGCUCAAGGACCACCGGAUCGGGGAUCAAGUCGUAUUUCCCGGUGCAGGCUAUGUUUCCAUGGCCAUGGAGGCAAUUUACCAGACGAUGUGCCUAACUGAGUGGACUGACGGGGUGCCCGCGCGGUACCGAUUCCGCCUGCGUGAUAUGAAAUUUUUCCGUGCCUUAGUCCUGGACACCUCCUAUGACUCUAAGGUUACUCUAAACCUCAUGCCAAGUAAGUCGUGGUACGAGUACAAGGUCUCCUCUCGACUAGAGGAGACAAUACAUGACCAUGCCUCGGGAUUUAUUCGCAUCGAGACGGAAUUCCCCAACACCACAGCCCCAAUCGGGGCGUUGGAACCGCUUCAAACGCCUGUGUCUGCCCGUAUUUGGUAUAAGGCGAUGCGGGAGGCCGGGUUCAACUUCGGGCCCUCGUUCCAGAAGCAUCUUUUCAUGGAGUAUCAAGCCGGUCAGCAAUCUGGUCGCUCGACAGUCUCGCUAGAGGCGCCCGACUCAGCUUGGCCGCAGUCCAGCUACGCGAUUCACCCGGCCUGCAUAGAUGGAUGCUUUCAGACGGUGCUAUCAUCCGCUUGGAAGGGCGACAGAAGCGCCGUCGAUGCGGCAUUGGUCCCCCUCUCUAUUGACAGUUUGGUAAUACCGUCGAACUCUGAUCUUCCUGCUGAGGCAUUUGCCGUCGCGAAGUCCGAGUUCACCGGUAUCGGGAGAGCCGACGUGGCGAAGAACUACUCGGCAUCCACGGCCGUGUUCCACCCAGUAGAUGGCAGCCUCCUGCUUGAGAUGAAGGGCCUGCGGUACACGGAACUCGACAGCUCAAGUCCGGAGACCCGACUAACCCACUCGUACCUGCAGGUAAAGUGGGCCCCGGACAUGACGUUACUCUCAGAAGCUGGGUUCCACCAGCUGGUGGCUGGCUUCGGCACAGAGAGAGGAGUGGCUCAGGGGCUGAUUGACACCAUUGCGCACAAAAAUCCAGGAUUAACUGUUUUGGAGGUUGAUCUGGGCUUGGAGACACCCGCCAGCAGUCUGUGGCUGGAGGCGGACAACGUGACGCGGGCCGCAUGCACGCAAUACCAAUUCACGUCCAGCGAUGCCAAUCGGACCGUUGCCAUCCAGAACGCUUAUCCCUCCGCAACGUACGCGAAAUUCACGGUCUCGAGUUUCGCCGCCGCUGAGAUCCCGGUAAGCCAGCAGUUCGACCUUAUCGUCAUCAAGCUGCCUGCUCAGCCUGGCCCAUGGUUGGGGCAGGCCCUGGCAAACCUUCACAGUAGCCUGACGGAGACUGGAUUUGGGCUGAUUGUCCAUGCGGAUGAGAGGUCGCGGUUGGACGUUCAUGCGGCGACUCGGGCGUCUGAAUGGGCGAAGGUGUGGUCCGCUGGUACAGUCACUCUGGUUCAGGUCGCUCGUCUGGCACAGGCAGAGCAUCGUAAGGUCUAUCGCGUUCGGUUCCGGACAGGAGACAGCACCCUGGGCGGGCUGAUUGACACGGCUCUGUCCCAGGCGGGCGGAUGGGAGAGCAUUCCCGUGUGGGAGGCAGAGCAAGUGCCGCCCCGGAGCAAAGUCCUGGUGCUAGACGAGUUAGAGGGGCCCGUCAUGUCCAAACUGGAUGACCGUCAAUGGGCGAUGCUGCAGCUCCUCGUCCAGAACCAAUGCGACCUGCUGUGGGUGACAUCAGGGGCCCAGAUGGAGGUAGCCCAACCCACCCAAGCGGUGAUCAUUGGCUUCCUUCGCGUACUCCGGAACGAGGAGCCGUUGCUGCGGCUAAUUUCGCUAGAUGUUGAGUCCCCAACCGCAAAGAACCCGACGGUAGAAGCCAUUGACCGCUGCCUGCAUAUCCUGACUGCGAAUGAAGGCCGCCGAACACACCUGGAUAGUGAGUAUGUCGAGCGCGGCGGCAUUGUUCACAUCAGUCGGGUUCUACCGGACAUGAAAGUCAACGAGGCCCAGAAGGAAGAGGCUACAGGUCGGCCGGGGCAGAUGAUGGAACUCCAUGCAGCCCUCAACUGUAUUCGACUGAGGGCUGAGCGGAUUGGAAAUAUCGACGCCGUGCGAUACAACGAGGUGAGCUCUGCUCCUUUGCCCCUGGAGGCAAACCACGUCGAAAUCGAGAUCUAUGCGUCCGGGGUCAACUUCAAAGAGGUGGCUGUCACCGUGGGUAUCGUCCCCGAUAAUGAACAUCUGCUGGGUGGAGAGGGAGCAGGCACCAUUACCCGUAUGGCGCCAGAUGUUAAGGGUUUCAAGCUGGGGCAGCGCGUGGCCUUCUUCCAGAAAGGAUCGUUUGCCAACCGCAUCAUCACCACGACUCAACGAGUGUAUUCCAUUCCCGACAGCAUGAGCUUCGAGGAAGCAUCCACUAUACCAUGCGUCUUCAUGACCUCGAUGUAUGGAUUAUACCGGCUGGCACAUCUGAAGAAGGGGGACCGCGUGCUGAUCCACUCGGCCACCGGAGGAGUGGGCCUUUCGGCCAUUCAGCUCUCCCAGUACAAGGGUGCGGAGGUUUACGCGACCGCGGGGACCUCAGAGAAACGAGAAUUCCUAAAGACCCAGUUCGGCAUCCCUGAGGAACGAAUCUUCUCGUCACGCACAAAGGCCUUUGCCGAGCAGAUUCUGGCCUAUACGGGCGGCAAGGGAAUGGAUGUGAUCCUAAACUCGCUGACCGGCGACUUGCUGGAUGAGUCAUGGCGCAUCGUUGCAGACGGCGGAACCAUGGUCGAAAUCGGCAAGAAGGAUAUCCUGGAUCGAAGCAGCCUUGCAAUGGCACCGUUCAAUCGCAAUGCCUCAUUCCGAGCCCUGGACCUGUCGCAUAAAGAGAUCACAGAUGAUACGAUCGCGAGCUUGUUGGCCGAUAUUUUCGCGCUGAUGGAGGGCGGCCACCUCAGCCCCAUCACCCCAAUGCACAUCUUCUCCUUCCGUGACAUCCCGGCGGCAUUCCGUCUCUUGCGCAGCGGAAAGCAUAUUGGCAAGCUGGUCAUCAGCGAUGGGCCCAACGCGAAUGUAGAAGUUCUCGUGCGUCCGGCCCCACGGCGCAUGAGCCUGUCACCCGACAAAAGCUACCUGAUUGUGGGCGGUCUUCGAGGACUGUGCGCCAGCCUGGCCAUCUAUCUAGCACAAAACGGGGCCAAGCAUCUGGCUGUGCUAACUCGGAGCGGCCACGCGGACAAGCAGUCCCAAAGAACUGUCCGAGACCUCCACGCCCUAGGAUGCCAGGUCGAUCUGCUCUGCGGGGAUGUAACCAACCUGAGCCAUGUCCGCUCGGCGUUUGCUGCCACGCGGGUUCCCAUCGGGGGCAUUGUGCAGGGCGCCAUGGUGCUCCGCGAUCGCACCUUCGCAGGCAUGAGCCUCGACGAUUAUCACACGGCACUCGGGUGCAAGGUGCCCGGAACAUGGAAUCUACACCAGGUCGCGCUCGAGCAGGGCCUGAGUCUGGACUUCUUCACUAUGCUGUCCAGUAUCUCGGGUCUCUGCGGAAGCAAAGGACAAGCCAAUUACGCGGCGGGGAACACCUUCCUUGACGCUUUUGCCUCCUACCGACGCCGACUUGGACUAGCUGCCUGCUCUAUCAAUCUGGGGGUAAUCCAGGAUGUCGGAUACAUGGCGGAGCGUGACGAUCUGCAGGACCGCUACGAUGCAACGCUGUGGCACGCUAUUAACGAGCGGCUCCUGCGACGUAUCUUCGGCUUCUCAAUUAUGCAGCAAGACACUAACCCUAUCAACGUUACUAGCAACGCCAACAUGGUAACUGGCAUCCAAGUCCCUCAGCCCGUAGACUCGUUCCUGCUCCGUGACGCGCGCUUCGCCUGCUUAUAUCUGCAACAGAGCGGGCAGCAAAGCCAGACGCUUUCGGACUCGAAAGACAUCCAAGCCAUAUUUGUUGUGUUACGCUCUAAGGCUGAGCCAGCUGCAGUCCUUGAAGUCACCGUCGAUGUGCUAAACCGGUACCUGAUGACGAGUCUGCGCUUACCAGAAGCUUUGGACGCGGCGCGUCCCCUGUCUACAUAUGGAAUCGAUUCCCUGGCGGCGGUGGAGUUCCGCAAUUGGUUGCGCAUCGAGCUGGGUGUUAAUUUGAGCACACUGGAGAUUGUGAAUGCGCCGUCGUUAGUGUCAAUCUGUGAGAAGGUGAUAUCAAAAAUCCCUAAUGCGUAG